CCGUCGUAGGACGUGGCACCACGUAGUGUUAAGCGAAAAGUAAACUUGUGGCUACAGUCCCUACGGCGGGCUACACUACCACCACAAGUGCAGUAGCCAGUAACACAAUAAAACCGGUGGCAGAACCCUGGCUUGAUCUGUCGCCAUGGUGAUGCGGGGAAUGAUUGCGCUUCUGCUCGCACUGACUGCAACAGUGGAAGCUCAGAAGCAACCUCCACAUAUUAUAUUCAUCCUUGCUGAUGAUUUAGGUUGGAACGAUGUUAGCUUUCAUGGGUCGGGUCAGAUCCCGACGCCCAACAUUGAUGCGCUUGCCUACGACGGAAUUAUACUCAAUAACUACUACGUGUCACCCAUCUGUACUCCGACACGCAGCGCUAUCUUGACCGGUCGUCACCCGAUACACACAGGUCAGCAGGUUGACACCAUUCUGGGCUCGCGUCCGUACGGUGUCCCUCUCAACGAAACACUCAUGCCGCAGUAUCUAAAGAAAUGUGGCUAUGCUACUCACAUUGUGGGCAAGUGGCACAUGGGAUUUUUUGCGAAGGAAUACACACCCCUGUACCGGGGCUUCGACACCCACUAUGGCUAUUACUGUGGUCACACAGACUAUUAUGAUCACCGAACAAUAGAGGGGAACGGUUACUGGGGUUACGACAUGCGGCGAAACAUGUCGGUGGAUCGCAGCGCAUCCAACAAGUACACGACGGACUUGUUUACUGAGGAGGCUGUCACUGUCAUCAACAGCCAUGACAAGAGCAAGCCGCUGUUUCUGUAUCUGGCACACUUGGCCACACACAGUGCAAACUCUUACAGCCCAUUACAGGCCCCGCAGAAGUACCUACAGAAAGUGCAGCAUAUUAAGCACAAGCAGAGACGACUUUUUGGUGGCAUGGCGGUGGGCUUGGAUGAGUCCGUGGGACAGGUCGUACAAGCGCUGAAGGCAAACAAUAUGCUCGAUAGCUCCAUCAUUGUGUUCUCCACAGACAACGGAGGCCCGGCGUCCGGCUUCGACAUGAACUAUGCUAACAAUGCGCCCCUGCGUGGGGUCAAGGACACGCUGUGGGAGGGAGGGGUGCGCGGCGUUGGCUUCAUCUGGUCGCGACUCCUGCGCAAGACACGCCGCGUCUCCCAGCAGAUGAUGCACAUCACGGACUGGCUGCCGACGCUCUACCAUGCCGCGGGAGGAGACACCGGGGAGCUUGUCGCUCCUGACGGCAUCAGCAUGUGGCCGGCGCUAUCUGGUGGCGGCGCCUCGCCGCGCAACGAGAUCCUGCACAACAUUGACGACGUCCGGCACAUAGCGGCGUUGCGUCGCGGCGACUGGAAGAUCCGCAUCGGGCACACGUACGCGGGACACUGGGACGGCUGGUACGAGCUGCCCGAGGCGACCGUGAGAGCGCCGGACAGUGCGUUCGUCACACCCCUCACACGUAUCCUCGGCGACCCGCCACGUCCUCACGACUGGGAGUCGGUCGUCAUCAGCUGCGGCAAGAAGCCUGACAACGCGAGCGUCAACUGUCGGCCGACGGUGGCGCCCUGCCUCUUCAACAUCCGCGACGAUCCGUGCGAGUACAACAACAUGGCCGCCGCGCGACCCGACGUCGUCAGCGCCCUCUUGGGGCGGCUGGCCAUGUACAACGCUACUCAGGUAAAGCCAGCGAACAAGCCGAUUGACCCAAAGUCAAACCCAAAGUUUUACGACUACGUGUGGACGUGGUGGAAGACGUUGGAUGCUAGCGGGCGUGAGCAUUAUGUUCUCAAUGACCUCUAGGUCAACGUAUUAGCCAGCGAGCCGUGCAGCCGUGAUUUGCACGGUCAGUUUUGAAACUGCACGGAGAAAAAUGUG